AUGGAGACAGCGUCAUACUCACAACUUUUCAACGCGUCUUGGACAUUACACCGGCUCUCGCCCCUACACCAUAAAAAAGAUUGCGAGAGCCUCCUAAACAACCAAUCCGCCCUGAAUACAUACGCAACAAGAUUACGCGACCAGCUAACCGGCGAUAUUCUUGCCGGUCUCCAUUCUAUCGCUAAUACAGCGGAUGAUGAUGCGCUUUCAAAAUCAGGCGCCCUGAAAGAAUGCAGAUGGCAGUCCAUCGCAUCGGGAUCAUCCACCCGCAACACAGCAAGCAGACGCGCCACUACUACUUCCUUCGCUGGAAUCCUGGUGACGCUUGAGUACGAAAACAUUGUUUACAAGGCUGCUCUUCUCGCGGAACCGGAUUCCAAUUCUCAGGAUCUUUCCCAGGAAGGAUCAACGUUUCUUCCUCUACUGUUGACAAAAUGUCCGAACGCGUUGCGACAAACAAUCAUUUCCUUCUUAUCCGCCAAUUUCGACACAUACUGUGCUCCGCUCCGUCUUUCAUCUGCUUUUCUCUGUAAGGGCUUGGAAAGUUUUGUGGAAGAGCUGCGUGCGGAUUCUGGAAAUUCUGCGAAUGAUGUUGUUGAAGAUGUGAUCAAGGAGCUACAGCUUACCUUGGCAUUUUCGGCCCUUAUUGCCCCUGCGUUGCGAACGCUGAAUGUCAGUAUCUCGCGGGCAUCCUUGACUGGAUUUUUGCAGCAAAAGAAUAUUUCAAAAAGGACUUUGCAGCAGAAACUGAGCAGUAAUUUGAUUGAGAAUAUCACCUCUUAUCUUGAGACACACCUGGCGAUGCAGCUUGAUUUGAAUGGUUCGUCGAAGAGUCGGGCUGCUAAGCAACAUGUUCGCUUAUCCAAGGCUUCAUGUGCGGCUUUUGUGCUGGGGGGUGAAGGACGCAUGAAAUUGGUUGUGGAUGUUGCUCGAGCAGAGGGUCAGGAUGAGGACGAGGCUUCGGUGAAAGACCGAUUAGCUCUUCGUGCUAGUGAAACUCUGCUACGGGCUGUCAUUAGUAAGGCUGUCGUCGGAGAUCAAACGGCUACAUGA